AGUGCCUCCAAGCCUAAUCCGGUCAUAUUUUGAGAAAGUGGUGAAACAGAAAACUACAAGACGAAAACCAGCUUCAGAAGACGAUGAUGAGGAUUCGACGUACGUGCCCGGCCCACAGCCAGCAACGAACAUGGACGAGGCGCGCGCGCGCGCAACCCCACGCGGCGCCGAAAGCACCAAGGGCUAUCAUGAUAAUGAUGCUUCUGGCCUCAUUCCUGAUGACGAUGAAGAUGAAGAUCCUACGUACCUCCCCGACCCACGGCCAGCAACGGACACGGAUGAGGACGAGGGCCAGGGCAUGGACGAGGACGUGGACGAGGACGAGGACAAGGGCAAGUCCAAGGAUAUGGAUGAGAACCAGGAUAUGGAGGAAGUCAAAGACGAGAACGAGGACGAGAACGAAGACGAGGACCAGGAUGAGGCCCAGGUAGUGGCCAAGAGCAGCAGUAGGGCUUCCGGCGAAUACAGUCUCGGCGAGGCGCCGGCCCUGCACGCGCUGGGCGUCUCGCGGCAAUCUGCGCGCCCGCCGGACCUGACGCCCAACUGA